AUGAGAUCCGCCGUUGCCGCCUUACUCGAUGCCACGGCCGCCGUCGCGAAAGUCGUAGCCGCUGCCGAGGCAGGAGCGAAACCGUCGCGCCGCCCGUGGGGACGCAACACUCCUGUCGGUUCUCUUCACCUCAGCAACAAGCCUUCAUCAGGUGUAUUUUGUUUGGUCCAGUCGGCCGUACCCUCGGUCGACCUCUGGCGGCGGCGGUAUCCAUCACAGACUCGUCAUCCGUCGCCGCCAGCAAUAGAUUGGUCUUUGGAGACCGGUAUUUCGUAG